AUGACUCUGAUUCUAUAUGGAUCGCGGCAAUCAACAUGCACUCAACGAGUGCUGCUGGUCCUUUCUGAACUAAAUAUAACUGAUUACCGACUGUCCAACAUUGACAUGCAGAAGGGGGAGCAUCUCGAACCCAAUUAUGUGCAAGACUUCCACCCAUUCGGACGAAUUCCGGUUCUCGACGAUGACGGGACUCGAUUAUUUGAGUCAAGGGCGAUUUGCAAGUACUUGGCUGCAAAGUACGGACCACAUACCCCUUUGCAUAGACGAACGGAACAAAACUACGCGGAGCUGGCGACUUACGAGCAAGCUGCUAGUGUGGAAUAUUCUUACUUCGAUCCAACAAUGAAAUCUUUGGCAUAUGAGAAAAUUUUUAAAAGGUUUAUGGGGCGAGGCGAUCCAGACAGGGCUGCAGUUGAGCGAUUAGAAAUCGACUUGACCAAGGUCAUGGACCACUAUGAAAAGGUUCUCUCUGGUAGCGAGCACCUUACCGGAAAUCAAUUUUCGCUGGUUGACAUAUACCACAUCCCUUGGUUUCAAUUUCUGUCGCGUCUGGAGUUGCAGGAUGAGAUUACAAAAAGACCAUCAUUGAGCGCAUGGUGGACUCGUGCCAGCAACCGGCCAGCGUGGAAAGAUUUGACAGCGUCAAAUUAG